AAGAAAAGAGCUUUUAUGCAGACGUCAUGAAAUGGGAAAGCACCUGCAAGUGCAAUGUUUACUGAAGAUUGAAUGUUUACCAACUUUGACGACACAGAACAAAGAAAUGGACAAAAUGGAAUGACAGUCAUUAUGUAAUGUCGGUAAAUUGCGCAGCAAUGAGGACAUUAUUCGUUACCAUUCUGGUGUUAACACUACACGGAUCCACUGCUCAGGAUGACUGUAAGACGACAUCACAAGGUCUCGAAUAUGACGGACAGAUCAGCGUUACCAGACACGGCCAGACCUGUCAGAGGUGGGAUGUAGAAACUCCUCAUCGUCCUUCAGAUUUUGAGGAAGUAUCUAAAAUGAAACACAAUUAUUGCCGUAAUCCAGACGGUGAUGACAGCCCUUGGUGUUAUACCAUGGACCCUGAUGACACAUGGUCGCAUUGCGAUAUUCCCCUUUGCAAGGAGUGUAAGACAACAUCGAUGGGUCUUGAAUAUCGAGGAACAACCGGCCAUACCCAGAGCAAUAUAGAAUGUCAGAGGUGGGAUGUAGAAACUCCUCAUCAUUCUGCAAAUUUUGAGGAAUGGUCUAAAAUGAAACACAAUUAUUGCCGUAAUCCAGAUCACGAACCCUCACCUUGGUGUUAUACAACGGACCCUCAAUACACAUGGGGGUUUUGCGAUAUUCCUUUUUGUGGCGAUGGGUGUAAGAAUACAAUUAAAGGUACGGAAUAUCGAGGGACAAUAAGCGUUACUGAAACCGGCAAGACCUGUCAGAGAUGGGAUUCAACUACUCCCCAUCAACCUUCAGACUAUCAAUUCAUAGAUACAUAUAAACAUAACUUUUGUCGUAAUCCAGGCGAUAAGGACAGACCUUGGUGUUAUACAACCGACCCAGAUGACCGCAGCGAUUAUUGCGAUAUUCCUUUUUGUGAGUGUGAAAAUCCUGAAACACAGUAUCGCGACCCAGACGAUGGUAUUUGUAAAGCAAUUGGAAGUUACCAAGAUUCUUGUUCGACAACUGUAAGCAGUUGUUUCUCUCCAUUAAUUUGUGCUAUUAGUGUAUGUGAUUGUGAACCAGCGCACUUUUACAACGAACAUGAUAAUAGAUGUCACCCACACGAUGAGUGUAAGAGAACAGUUAAAGGUACGGAAUAUCGAGGGGCAAUGAGCGUUACUGUAAGCGGCAAGACCUGUCAGAGAUGGGAUUCAACUACUCCCCAUCAACCUUCAGACUAUCAAUUCAUAGAUACAUAUAAACACAACUUUUGUCGUAAUCCAGGCGAUAAGGACAGACCUUGGUGUUAUACAACCGACCCAGAUGACCGCAGAGAUUAUUGCGAUAUUCCUUUGUGUGCCGAUGAGUGUAAGAGAACAGAUAAAGGUACGGAAUAUCGAGGGACAAUGAGCGUUACUCAAAACGGCCAGACCUGUCAGAGAUGGGAUUCAAAUACUCCUCAUCAACCUUCAGACUAUGAAUUCAUAGAUACAUAUAAACACAACUUUUGUCGUAAUCCAGGCGAUAAGAACAGACCUUGGUGUUAUACAACCGACCCAGAUGACCGUUCGGAGUAUUGCGAUAUUCCUUUGUGUGACGGUGAGUGUAAGAGAACAGUUAAAGGUACGGAAUAUCGAGGGGCAAUGAGAGUUACUGAAAGCGGCAAGACCUGUCAGAGAUGGGAUUCAAAUACUCCCCAUCAUCCUUCAGACUAUGAAUUCGUAGAUACAUAUAAACACAACUUUUGUCGUAAUCCAGGCGAUAAGGACAGACCUUGGUGUUAUACAACCGACCCAGAUGACCGUUCGGAUUAUUGUGAUAUUCCUUUUUGUGAGUGUGAAAAUCCUGGAACACAGUAUCGCGACCCAGACGAUUAUAUUUGUAAAGCAAUUGGCAGCUACCAGGAUCCUUGUUCGACAACUGUAAGCAGUUGUUUCUCUCCUUUAAUUUGUGCGCUAAGUGUAUGUGAUUGUGAACCAGCGCACUUCUACAACGAACAUGAUAACAGAUGUCACCCACGCGAUGAGUGUAAAAGAACAUAUAAAGGUACUGAAUAUCGAGGGGCAAUCAGCGUUACUGAAAAAGGCAGGACCUGUCAGAGUUGGGAUUCAAAUACUCCCCAUGUUCCUACAGACUAUGCCUUAGUAGAUACAUUUAAACACAACUUUUGUCGUAACCCAACUGAUAGCGAUAAGGACCUGCCUUGGUGUUAUACCAUUGACCCUGAUAAGCGUUGGGAGUAUUGCAAUAUUCCCUAUUGUCUUGAAUGUAAAACGACAUCAAAAGGUUUAGAAUAUCUAGGAACUAUUAGCGUUACUCGCAAUAACGUGAACUGUCAGAGAUGGGAUGUUCAAACUCCUCAUCGUCCUCGAAACUUUACGGACGUAUCUAAAUAUCAACACAACUAUUGUCGUAAUCCAAUCGUCGACCAAGAAAGUGGACCUUGGUGUUAUACCAUGGAUCCGGAUGACACAUGGGAUUUAUGCGAUAUUCCUAUUUGUGAUUGUCAAGAUCCUAGAUUGCAGUUCCUUGACCCAAUGGAUAAUAUUUGUAAAGCAGGCGAGGAGUGUAAGUUGACAACCGAGGGCGCAGAAUACCGAGGGACAAUCAGCGUGACUGCCAGUGGUAAGACCUGUCAGGGAUGGAAUUCAACUACUCCUCAUUAUCCCCAAAACUAUCCGUCCGUUCGUAAAUAUAGACACAACUAUUGUCGUAAUCUAGAUAAUGAUUCUUCACCUUGGUGUUAUACAAUGGACCCUGAUGACCGUUGGGAGUAUUGUAAUAUUCCCUCUUGUCAAGAGUGUAAGACGACAUUAGAUGGUUCUGAUUAUCGAGGAACGAUCAGCGUAACUGUCAACAACAAGAUCUGUCAGAGAUGGGAUGUAGAAACUCCUCAUCUUCCUAAAAACUUUACGUUCGUAUCAGCAUUUAAACAUAACUAUUGUCGUAAUCCAGAUGGUGAUUCGUCAACUUGGUGUCAUACGAUGGACCCUGAUGACAGGUGGGACCGUUGUAAUGUUCCCUUCUGUAGUUGUGAAAAUGUGGAAACGCAAUAUCGAGACCUAACGGAUGGCAUUUGUAAAGCAAUUGGAAGCUAUCUGGAUCCCUGUUCUACAACUGUAAGCAGUUGUUUCUCUCCUCUAAUUUGUGCGUCUGGGAUAUGUGAUUGUCAACCAGCGCACUUCUAUAACGAACAUGAUAAAAGCUGUUACCCACGCGAUGAGUGUAAGAGAACAGAUAAAGGUUAUGAAUAUCGAGGGGCAAUCAGCGUAACUGAUGAAGGCAGGACCUGUCAGAGGUGGGAUUCAAAUACUCCCCAUAAUCCUUCAGACUAUGCCUUAGUAGAUACAUUUAAACACAACUUUUGUCGUAACCCAACGGAUAGCAAUAAGGACAGACCUUGGUGUUAUACUAUUGACCCUGAUAAGCGUUGGGAGUAUUGCACUAUUCCCUAUUGUCUUGAGUGUAAAACGACAGCAAAAGGUACUGAAUAUCUAGGAACGAUCAGUGUUACCCAAAGCAACAGGAACUGUCAGAGGUGGGAUUCAACUACUCCUCAUCAUCCUGAAAACUUUACAGUGUUAUCCAGAUUUAAACAUAACUAUUGUCGUAAUUUUUUCGAUUAUUCAACACCCUGGUGUUAUACCAUGGAUCCAGCAGAAACUUGGGAAUAUUGUAAUAUUCCUUUUUGUGAUUGUCAAGAUCCUAGAUUGCAAUAUCGCGACCCAAUGGAUAACAUUUGUAAAGCAAGCGAGGAAUGUAAGACAACAGCCGAGGGUUCGGAAUAUCGAGGAACAAUCAGCGUGACAGCCAGUGGAAGGACCUGUCAGAGAUGGGAUUCAACUACUCCUCAUUAUCCUCAAAACUAUCCGUCCGUACGUACAUAUAGACACAACUAUUGUCGUAAUCCAGACGGUGAUUCCUCACCUUGGUGUUAUACAACGGACCCUGAUGACCGUUGGGAGUAUUGCAAUAUUCCCUUUUGUCGUGAGUGUAAGACGACAUCAGCAGGUAGUGAAUAUCGAGGAACAAUAAGCGUAACUGUCACCAACACGAUCUGUCAGAGAUGGGAUGUAGAAACUCCUAAUCCUCCAAACAACUUUACCUUCGUAUCAGCAUUUAAACAUAACUAUUGUCGUAAUCCAGAUGGUGAACCCUCACCCUGGUGUUAUACCACGGACCCUGAUGACGAAUGGAAUUAUUGUAAUGUCCCCUUCUGUGAUUGUGAAGAUCCCGAAAAUCAGUAUCGUGACCCAGGAGAUACCAUUUGUAAAGCAAUUGGAAGAUACACAGAACCUUGUUCGACAGCCGUAACCAGUUGCUAUUCCCCGCUUGUAUGUGCUUCUGGUGUAUGUGAAUGUGAAACAAAUCAUUACUACAUUGCAGAUGACAAUACCUGCAAUGCAUUUGGCAGAUACAAUGAACCUUGUUCGACAUCAGUAACCAGUUGUUACAACCCCCUUGUAUGUGCCUCUGGAGUUUGUAAAUGUGAAACAGAACACUACUACAACGCAGCUGACAAUUCAUGCAACAAACUUGGAAGAUAUAAAGAAUCUUGUUCGACAGCAGCAACCAGUUGUUACUCUCCCCUCAUGUGUGCCUCUGGUUUAUGUGAAUGUGAAACAAACCAUUACUACAAUGCAGAUCAUAAUAACUGCAACCCACUUGGAAGAUACGAAGAGACUUGUUCGACAGCAGUAAGCAGUUGUUACUCUCCCCUUAGUUGUGAAUCUGGAUUAUGUAAAUGUGGACCAAAUCACUACUACAACGCAGAUCAGAAUACCUGCAACCCAUUUGGAAGAUACAAAGAACCAUGUUCGGCAGCAGUAACUAGUUGUUACUCUCCUCUUAGUUGUGCCUCUGGUUUAUGUGACUGUGCAACAAAUCAUUACUACAAUGCAGAGGACAAUACCUGCAAACCAUUUGGAAGAUACACAGAACCUUGUUCAACAGCAGUAACCAGUUGUUACUCCCCCCUUACGUGUGAAACUGGUUUAUGUGAAUGUGAAAUACAUUAUUACUACAAGGCAGAUGAUAAUACAUGUAACGCUUUUAGUAGAUACAAAGAACCUUGUUCAACAGCCGUAACGAGUUGUUACUCUCCUCUCAGUUGUAAAUCUGGUUUAUGUGAAUGUCAGACAAAUCAUUACUACAAGGCAGAUCACAAUACCUGCAAUGCUUUUGGAAGAUACAAAGAAACUUGUUCGACAGCAGUUAGCAGUUGCUUCACUCCUCUUAGUUGUAAAUCUGGUUUGUGUGAAUGUGAACCAAAUUAUUUCUACAACUCUGAUGAUAAUACAUGUAACACGUUUGGAAGAUACAAACAACCUUGUUCGGCGGCCGUAACUAGUUGUUACUCUCCUCUCAGUUGUGAAUCUGGUUUAUGUGAAUGUGAAACAAAUCAUUACUACAAAGCAGAUUAUAAUACUUGCAACGCAUUUGGGAGAUACAAUGAUCAUUGUUCGGCAUCAGUAACAAGUUGUUACUCUCCACUUAUAUGUGCUUCUGGUUUAUGUAAAUGCGGAACAAAUCAUUACUACAAAGCAGAUCACAAUACCUGCAACACAUUUGGUAGUUACACAGAAUCUUGCUCGACAGCAGUAACCAGUUGUUACUCUCCCCUUAUUUGUGCUUCUGGUUUAUGUGAAUGUGAAACAGAUCAUUACUACAAAGCAGAUCUCAAUACCUGCAAUACAUUUGGAAGAUACAAAGAAACUUGUUCGACAGCAGUUACCAGUUGUUACUCACCUCUCAGUUGUGAAUCUGGUUUAUGUGAAUGUGAAACAAAUAAUUUCUACAAGACAGAUGAUAAUACCUGCAACACAUUUGGAAGAUACAAAGAAGCUUGUUCGACAGCAGUGAACAGUUGUUUCUCUCCCCUUAUUUGUGCCUCCGGUUUAUGUGAAUGUGAAACAAAUAGUUAUUACAAUGCAGAUUUAAAUACCUGCAAUACAUUUGGAAGAUACAAAGAAACUUGUUCGACAACAGUUACCAGUUGUUUUUCUCCCCUGAGUUGCACUUCUGGCUUAUGUGAAUGUGAAACAAAUUAUUACUACAACGCAGAUUACAAUACCUGCAACCCAUAUGGAAGAUACAAAGAACAUUGUUCGAUGUCAGUUACUAGUUGUUACUCUCCCCUUAGUUGUUCGUCUGGUUUAUGUGAAUGUGAAACAAAUCAUUUCUACAAGACAGAUGAUAAUACCUGCAACACAUUUGGAAGAUACACAGAACCCUGUUCGACAGAUACAACAAGCUGUUUCUCUCCCCUCAUUUGUGCUUCUAGUUUAUGUGGAUGUGAAACAAAUCAUUACUACAAUGAAGAUGAUAAUACCUGUAACAUUAAUGAAAUAGAUAGAGAGACAUGCUCAUCAGUGGACCCCUGUUCCAAUAAUAUGGUUUGUGUUUCUGGUUUAUGUGAUUGUGAAUAUCCGGAAACGCAGUAUAUAGAUCCAAAUGAUAACAGUUGUAAAGCAAUUGGAAGAUACGAAGAACCAUGUUCGACUGCAGCAAAGAGUUGUUACACUCCUCUUAAAUGUGCAUCUGCUGUAUGUAAAUGUGAAACAACUCAAUACUACAAAGGAGAUGAUAAUACAUGUAACACACUUGGAAGAUACAAGGAACCUUGUUCGACAGCAGUGAGCAGUUGUUACUCUCCCCUUAUUUGUGCUUCUGAUUUGUGUGAAUGUGAAACAACUCAUUACUACAAUGCAGAUUAUAAUACAUGUAACAAACUUGGAAGCUAUAAAGAACCUUGCUCAACAUCAGUCAGUAGUUGUAGCUCUCCCCUUACUUGUGUUUCUAGUGUAUGUGACUGUGAAACCACACAGUACUACAACGAAGACGAUAAUACCUGUAACACACUUGGAAGCUACGGAGAAUCUUGUUCGACAGCAGUAAGCAGUUGUUACUCUCCUCUUAGUUGUGUUUCUGGUUCGUGUGAUUGUGAGACGACACACUACUACGAUGCAGAUGAUAAUACCUGCAACACAAUUGGAAGAUACAGAGAACCUUGUUCGACAGCAGUAAACAGUUGUUACUCUCCCUUUAUUUGUGCUUCUAGUUUAUGUGGAUGUGAAACAAAUCAUUACUUCAAUACAGAUGAUAAUACUUGUAACCCAUUUGGAAGAUACACAGAACCUUGUACGUCAGCAGUAACAAGUUGUUACUCUCCCCUCAUUUGUGCUUCUAGUUUAUGUGGAUGUGAAACAAAUCAUUACUACAAUACAGAUGAUAAUUCCUGUAACACGUUUGGAAGAUACUCAGAACCAUGUUCCACAGCAGUAACCAGUUGUUACACACCCUUUGUUUGUGCUUCUGGUGUAUGUGACUGUGAAACAACGCAGUACUACAACGCAGAUUAUAAUACUUGUCCCGCACUUGGAAGAUACAAAGAAACAUGUUCGACAGCAGUAACCAGUUGUUACUCUCCUCUUAUCUGUGCCUCUGGUUUAUGUGAUUGUGAUUCAACAGAAUACUACAACGCAGAUCUAAAUACCUGCAACACACGUGGAAGAUACGAAGAAUCUUGUGCGACAGCAGUAGACAGUUGUUACUCUCCUCUUGUUUGUCCUUCUGGUUUAUGUGGUUGUGGAACAGAUAUUUAUUACAAGGAAGAUCAAAACACCUGCAACGAAUUUGGAAGAUACAAAGAACCUUGUUCGGCAGCAGUAACUAGUUGUUACUCUCCUCUUAGUUGUGCCUCUGGUUUAUGUGACUGUGCAACAAAUCAUUACUUCAGGGCAGAUGACAAUACCUGCAAUGCAUUUGGGAGAUACAAAGAACCUUGUUCGACAGCAGUAAGCAGCUGUUACCUUCCCCUGACUUGCGAAUCUGGUUUGUGUGAGUGUGAACUACAUCAUUACUAUAAGUCAGAUAGUAAUACCUGCAACAUAUAUGGAAGAUACAAAGAAACUUGUUCGACAGCAGUAAGCAGCUGUUACUCUCCCCUUAUUUGUGCCUCUGGUUUAUGUGAAUGUGAAACAAAUAAUUACUACAAGGCAGAUCAUAAUACCUGCAAUACAUUUGGAAGAUACAAUGAACCAUGUUCGGCAGCAGUAAGCAGUUGUUACUCUCCCCUUAUUUGUGCCUCUGGUUUAUGUGGAUGUGAAACAAAUCACUUCUACCAAACAGAUACUAAUACCUGUAACACAUUUGGAAGAUACAAAGAACCUUGUUCCACAUCAGUAAGCAGUUGUUAUUCGCCCCUAACUUGUGCUUCUGGUUUAUGUGAAUGUGAAACAACGCAGUACUACAACGCCGAUUAUAAUACCUGCGAACCACUUGGAAGAUACAGAGAGCAUUGUUCGACAGCAGUUAGCAGUUGUUACUCUCCAUUUGUUUGUGCUUCUGGUUUAUGUGAAUGUGAUACAACGCAUUACUACAACGCAGAUUCUAAUACCUGUAACACACUUGGAAGAUACAAAGAUUCUUGUUCGACAGCAGUUAGCAGUUGUAACUCUCCCCUUAUUUGCAAUUCUGGUGUAUGUGAAUGUGAAACCAAUCUUUUCUACAAUGAAGAGCACAAUACCUGCAACGCACUUGGAAGAUACAAUGAAACUUGUUCGACAUCAGUAAACAGUUGUUACUCUCCCUUUAUUUGUGUUUCUGGUUUAUGUGGAUGUGCAACAACGCAUUACUACAACGAAGAUUUUAGUACCUGUAAACCACUUGGAACCCACAAGGACCUGUGUUCGACAUCAGUUAGAAGUUGUAUCACUCCUCUCAUCUGUAAUGCUGGUAUAUGUGAUUGUGAAACAACCCAAUACUACAACGAAAAUGAUAAUACUUGUAGUAUACAAGAUGAUUGUAAAAUGACGUCACAAGGAAUGGAAUAUCGAGGAGCUGUCAAUAUAACUAUCAACAACAGGCCCUGUCAGAGGUGGGAUUCAAAUGAUCCUCAUGUGCAUUAUAGGUUCAAUCCACCACCUGGAUAUGCGCACAACUAUUGUCGUCAUCCAGACUUUGAAGAUGACCAACCUUCACCCUGGUGUUAUACCAUGGACCCUAGUAUGCGGUUAGAGAUGUGUGAUAUUCCUUUUUGUAGUACGAUUGUACAACUAUGUCCCGAGGGAUUACAUAGAUGCAGUUCUGGGCAGUGUGUGGCUGACACUAACGAUUGCUUAUUGGAAAUCCCAGAGGCACAGAUUACCACAGCUGUUUCAAGACCUCAAGAGCAAUCAUCAGAAGACUCUUUCCACAUUUUGAUGUUUGUUAUUGGUGCCCUUGCGUUUCUACUGCUGUUUAUAUUUGCUGUGUGUUUAUUCGUCGUCUUUUUUCCAAGAAGAAAAAGACGAGUACAAGUUUUGCCUGCAAAGUCUGACCAUAAUAGAAUGGUUGGAAACACUACAGAUGAACCAUGCUGAUAGGUUUUUGUUUUGUGUCUGCAAAGUAGAAGAUUUUCAUAAAGUUAUAUAUACUGUUUAUUUUACUGUUUAACUUGUAACUAUAUAAUGUGGUGGACUCUAGCUGCUGUAUGUUUGAAAACAUUUGAACUGACUGCCAGCUUAUGUGUAUUUUUGUAUGGUCCUUACUGCUUCAAUUUAUUUUGCUGGGGUUUAUUAUUUUCGCUUAUUAUCUUAACCUGGAUACCAGGUAAAUCAUGUUCGUUAACUUUAUUUUGAAUGUGCCUACAACGUUUAUUCGCCCAGGAAGUCGGCUUCCGGUAUUGUGUCAGGAAUCUGACUAUCUUUUGCGGAGACCAAUAUAAUAUGUAAAAGA